AUGAGGUCGCCGGAAAGGAGGCGGACUCCACUCCGGUGGGUGGUGAUGGUGGCGGCGAUGUGGGCAGUCCAGUUAUUGUUGUGGGUGCAACUCUCGGCUCAUCAGGCGGUGGCAAUUGAAGCAAACGCCUUGACGCAGGCGGCAGAGAGGCAGCUGUACAAGGAGAAAUUAGUGUUUCCGGGGAAGCAGCCAUCGCCGCUGGACCUGCGCGGUGCCGGGAGGGGAUCAGAAUCUCCGCCGCCGCGGUCGCCGACGGCGCCGAAGCACCUCGGUGAGAGUAAGCGGCGGGUGCCUAGCUGUCCCAAUCCCCUCCACAACCGCUGA